GCAGGUUAAACCUACAUUUCCCCRCGGGAGCCGGCGGUCCCGCUGCUCCGUGACGGCUGCCGGCGCGUGCCCAGCUCCCCGUGUGCGGAUCCGGUGCUGCGCGCRGCCCUGCGGAGGCGCUUCCCCCUCAGCAUCCCGGCUGCAACAGAUUGCCCGGAGCGGCACCGCUGGAAUUAUGUGAGCUGGCCUCGCGCCGCUCCCGAAGCAAACAUGAUGAAAACGGAGCCUUCGGGAGAAAGAUCCACCCUGCGGAGUGCCUCUCCUCACAGGAAUGCCUACAGGACGGAGUUCCAGGCGCUGAAAAGCACCUUYGACAAACCCAAGUCAGAUGGAGACCCGAAAUCGAAAGAGGAAGGAGAGGCCUCCCAGAGCAGGGGGAGGAAGUAUGGCUCGAAUGUCAAUAGGAUCAAGAACUUGUUUAUGCAGAUGGGCAUGGAGCCCACUGAAAGCGCUGGAGUCACCCCCAAAACCAGGGGGAAGGGUGGCCCCCCGUCACCUCAAAGGCGGAUUAGGCCCAAAGAAUUUGUAGAAAAAGCAGAUGGCUCCAUCGUAAAAUUGGAAUCUUCCGUUUCAGAGAGGAUUAGUAGGUUUGAUACUAUCCAUGAUGGUCCUUCUUACUCCAAGUUUACUGAAACUCGAAAGAUGUUUGAGCGAAAUGCUCAUGAAACGGGACAUUCCCAUCGCUAUUCCCCAAAGAAAGAGAAAGCGGCUUCCAUUGAGCUUCCGGACGAGUGGUGCGGCGCCAAAUCUCACCGGGGCAGCACCGAUUCCCUGGACAGCCUUAGCCCAAGGACAGAGACCGUCUCCCCGACUGUGAGCCAGCUCAGUGCAGUGUUCGAAAACACCGACUCCCACAACGUGAUCGUUUUGGAAAAGUCGGAGCACAAUGAAGAAUACUCUGUGACAGGUCACUACCCGCUGAACCUGUCCUCCACUGUCACUAACAUCUCCUCCCCUGUUGCCAACCUGGAGGGCUUCAGUCCUCUGAAAUCAGAGGCCAGCACGUGGUCGCCACCAGCCACACAAAGCACGAGCUUGGCAUCCAUUGAGGGCCCCCAACAGAACAGCACAUCGUCCACGCCGAGACAGCAGGCGUCCACAGGCACUUUGCUGGCUUCCAAACCAGCUGAGGAAAUCAGAAAGAAAGCAGAGGCCGAUGCUGCUGAGUGCUGCGUGGGGCACCUGCAGGAUGAGGCCAGCCCCGGCAGCGAGAGGGCCGUGGACAGUUGUGCUAGGAAUAAACCCAAAGCAGACACRGAGGUUUUCUUGGGACAAAAGGAGCGGUCAGAAAACRCAGAGGGUGCCUCUGGUAGAGCUGRAGCUGCAGAAGCACCAAGAAGUUCAGUGUCGGGUGGUGAUUUCGUGGCAGAUGCUGUUUCAGAYGCUGCCGAGUCGCACUACGAUGAGGGCAGCGAGAAGGAAGUAAACGAAGACGGGGACAGUUUCCAGAGCUCCCAUGUGUACAUGCACUCCGACUACAGCGUGUACAGGGUGCGCUCCAGGUAUAACUCUGACUGGGGAGAGACGGGCACAGAACAGGAUGAUCAGGAUGACAGUGACGAGAAUAACUGCUAUGAGCCUGAUAUGGAAUACUCCGAAAUUAAUGGAUUGCCAGAUGAGGAUGAAAUCCCAGCAAACAGAAAAAUACAGUUCAGCCGCGCUCCGAUCAAGGUUUUCAAUACAUACUCCAAUGAAGACUAUGACAGGAGAAAUGAUGAAGUUGACCCGGUGGCUGCAUCAGCUGAGUAUGAACUUGAAAAGCGUGUGGAAAAGUUGGAGCUUUUCCCAGCUGAGCUAGAAAAAGAUGAAGAUGGACUUGGCAUAAGCAUUAUUGGAAUGGGAGUUGGAGCAGAUGCAGGCCUUGAAAAACUGGGAAUAUUUGUCAAAACAGUAACUGAAGGUGGAGCAGCAGAAAGGGAUGGCAGGAUCCAAGUGAAUGACCAAAUCGUGGAAGUGGAUGGCAUCAGCCUGGUUGGUGUUACACAGAAUUUUGCAGCAACCGUUCUUAGAAACACCAAGGGGAAAGUCAGGUUUGUAAUUGGACGAGAAAAACCRGGACAGGUCAGUGAGGUGGCGCAGCUGAUCAGCCAAACCCUGGAACAGGAACGGCGCCAGAGAGAGCUCCUGGAGCAGCAUUAUGCCCAGUACGACGCAGAUGACGAUGAGACAGGGGAAUAUGCUACAGAUGAAGAAGACGAAGACAUGGCACCUGCCCUUCCAGGGGGUGAUGUGGCCAUUGAAGUGUUUGAUCUUCCCGAAAACGACGACAUGUUCUCCCCCAGCGACCUGGACACCAGCAAGCUGGCUCACAAGUUCAAAGAGUUGCAAAUCAAACAUGCAGUUACAGAAGCUGAAAUUCAGAAGCUGAAGACGAAGCUGCAGGCUGCUGAGAAUGAGAAAGUGAGGUGGGAAGUGGAGAAGACCCAGCUCCAGCAGAACAUUGAGGAGAAUAAGGAAAGGAUGAUGAAAUUAGAGAGUUACUGGAUUGAGGCACAAACCUUGUGUCACACUGUGAAUGAGCACCUCAAGGAGACGCAAAGCCAAUAUCAGGCCCUGGAAAAGAAAUAUAACAAGGCAAAGAAAUUAAUCAAGGAUUUUCAGCAAAAAGAACUUGACUUCAUUAAACGCCAGGAAGCUGAACGAAAGAAAAUAGAAGAUUUGGAGAAAGAACAUCUGGCAGAGGUUCAAGGCUUGCAAACUCGUAUCCGAGACUUGGAAGCAGAAGUUUUCAGGCUAUUGAAGCAAAAUGGGAGCCAGGUUAACAACAACAACAACAUUUUUGAGAGGCAGACAUCUUUGGGAGAGGUUUCUAGAGGAGAUCCAGUGGAAAAUCUAGAUACUAAGCAGGUGUCCUGUCUGGAUGGCUUAAAUCAAGAUUUCAAUGAAGCGGUGCCAGAAACAGAGAGGCUGGACUCUAAAGCUCUGAAAACUCGAGCCCAACUUUCAGUGAAGAACAAGCGUCAGAGGCCUACGAGGACAAGGCUCUAUGACAGUAUCAGCUCGACUGACGGAGAGGACAGCCUGGAGCGAAAGCCGUCAGACAGUUACAGUAGUCCCAUGCACAUUUCCAAAUCAGCUCUGCCCCCAUGUGUGAGAGCAUCCUCACCAGCAUCAGAUUCUGGUGCUUCCUCCCUCUCCCCAGUGGCUAGCAGUGCAGCAUUCGCGUUUGACAACCUAACAGAGAAACCAGAAGAAGGACAACAGCACCAAGGAGGUGCCUUUUCCCAUCUUGCUUGGGGGCACUCUCCUCUUCCCUCACCUUCAAAAUCUGCGCCCAGCUCUGAAGCAUCUUCUUUCCAUCACCCAGCUGGCAGGAGUGUUUUACAAGAUGAAGAUGGUGCCACAUGUGCCCAGGCAGUAAGAACAACUAGCCCUACUAUGGGGCAGGCAGAAAAACUAAAGCGAAAACUUGCAGAUCUUGGGGCCCCCUUGAGAAGGAGUUCAAACAAGGGAAAGAAGUGGAAAGAGAAAGAAGCUCUUAGGGUCACCUGUGGCAGUAGGGCCACCAGAGAGAUGCUGCAGAAAUCAGCAAACACAAACUCUUUACUAGAGCGAUCCUCRCCUCUCCCACACCGUGUGCCAUUCACACGGUGUGGAGAGAGUAGCAAGGGAUCCAAUUCUUCCAGCAACCUGCCAUCACCUACCAGCUCCACCGAACCUUCUUCUGAAAAUUUAAGUCCAGCUAAAAAAGGGGCAAAGAAUUUCACAUUCAAUGAUGACUUCAGUCCUAGCAGCACAAGUUCAGCAGAUUUGAGUGGUUUAGGAGCAGAACCCAAACCCCCAGGUUUCUCGCACUCCUUAGCACUGUCAUCAGAUGAGAGCCUGGAUAUGAUUGAUGAUGAGAUCCUCGAUGAUGGACAGUCUCCUAAACACAGUCAGUAUCAGAAUCGUGCUGUGCAGGAGUGGAGCGUGCAGCAGGUUUCCCACUGGUUAAUGAGCCUCAACCUUGAGCAGUAUGUUUCUGAAUUCAGUGCCCAGAACAUUAAUGGGGAGCAUCUCCUUCAACUGGAUGGGAGUAAGCUCAAGGCUCUUGGUGUGGCAUCUUCCCAGGACCGAGCAGUCAUUAAAAAGAAGUUAAAGGAAAUGAAAACAUCCCUGGAGAAAGCUCGCAAAGCUCAAGAGAAAAUGGAAAAGCAAAGGGAAAAGCUUAGGAAGAAGGAACAAGAGCAGCUGCAGAGGAAAUCAAAGAGAACAGACAAGUCUCCAUCAGAUGCGACAGAGGGCACUACCGAGCAGUGACAAGCAGGACUGCUGUGCUCCUAACGUGGAGGCACGUCAAGGGAAGAGAAACUCUCACCCAAGCAGGUGCCCUCCAGCCUUCUUGUAUUCACUACACAAGAGUAUUGUACACAGAAACGGGGCUAUAGAUAGAAUGAGUAGGGAAAUUUAUGUUGUGUAGUUUUAUUUUCCUACAUAUUCGGUUCACACUCGUUGUUGCCAUGCUAAACAAGCCCAGACCCUCAGUUGGUUUUGUUGUUGUUGAUGGCUAACAGAUUUCAUACUUGUGCGGCGCUGCUUCCUUCCAAACUACUCUCCUCUAUUGAGCUCUCUCUGUGUGUUGGGUCACUUGAGAAGCCAGCGAGAUGCUGAGGAGCGCGUCCUGCUGCACGUGUGCCGAGCAGGGUGGCCGGACAGAACGACUGGGAAAUUUCGUUCAGCUGAGUAGAAGGAGCUGUUCUCCCUCCAGUAGAGCUGACUUAACUUUCUGACUGGAAUUUUGACUUCUUUGCAGUGUUUUGAUACUCGGUUCUGUCUGCUGGAGUUUCGUCUUGCAUCAGUACCUUGAAGUGACACUGCUCUGGAAAUGGAACUACUCAGAGACUUCUUAUUAUACACUGGAGAUAAAGACAAGAGAGUCAGUGUUGCCCCUGGGUAAAAGACAGGACAUGAACCUCUUUCUGUUAACUGUACAGUAGUUUAAUCCAGGAAGGAGGCAAAGCCUUAAAUGAUUAUGUGGGUUUACACAGAAAUCUGAGGAUAACAUUUAUCCUUUAGGUAUCUGAGCAAGGAUGAAUUUCUAUCUAGAGCACGGCAUAUAGAUCUGUAUAAAUUUCAUUGUGCUCCCAGUGUGUGUAGGUAACUUUCUUAUAGCACACUGCUUUCUUUUUCAUGUGUUUUGAAUGGAAACUGGAUUUGUUUUGCUCUGUUUUUUUCAAGGAAAGCACCACAUCUUCAGAUUCGUUCUCCAGUAAGCACUGGGAGAACAAGCUUUGUGCUGUGCUGUUAUCAAGUUGUCAGUGGAAACGUUUAUCAAACUCGAGUCUGUUAAAGACUUCAGUUUUUAAAGAAGUGCACUUUAAGAAGAGGAAGAAGAGGGAUUCUGGUUAAAAUAAAAAUUCAGUACAUUGCUAUUAAGAUCAAUGUUACCA